ACAUAUUAUCGAUAUCAGGCGGAGCUACUUGUGCAAAAUGAAAACACCAAAGGCCAAAGAAUUAAAAAAAGAUGAAUUAAAGCCGAUUAAAAAAGAGCCCGGCGUGGCGGAGGAGGGCAAAGUGGGCAAGAAAUCAAAAACCAAGCCCAAUAAGAAGGCGAUCAAAGUGCCCAAGGAGGAGGUAAAGGCCGCUGUCCAGGAGAGUCCCAAGAAGCUAUCGUCGAAGGACCUGGCCAAGAUCGAGAAAAAGAAGGCGAAGAAACAGGCCCAAAAGCUGAAGAAGCAGCAAAAUAAACAGGUCGCCAAGGAUAUCAAAAAGGAACCGGAAGCAUCGGUGAAAGUUGAAGGAAAAGUUAUCAAGAAGGAACCGGAAUCAUCUGCCAAAGUUCAAGGAAAGGCUAUCAAGAAGGAGAAAGGUGGAGCCAAGACUACGACUGCCUCACCUAAGCCCAAGGAUAAGGUGACCAAGAAGGCCAAGGCCAAUAACAAGAAAGAAGAUGGUAUCAAGCGGGAACGUAAGCCUGAGGAUGAAGCGGCCACCGUGUUUGUGGGCAAUCUGCCCAUCAACACCAAGCGUGUCCAGCUGAUUAAGCUCUUCCAGCCAUAUGGUACGACCCAAUCCAUUAGGCUGCGCACCGCCGGUGGCAAGCAGCUCUUUAAGCACAAGCAGCGCAAAGCAGCCGGUUCCCUUAAUGCCUAUGUGGUGUUUGCGAAUCCGGAGAUUGCCCAGCAGGCGCUCGCUCUAAACGGCACACUCUUCAAGGAGAACCACCUGCGAGUCACUCCAGCGGCUAAGGCGGAAAGCUAUGGCCAGGGAAAGGAUGACCAGCCAAACGAUAAGGAUGCCAAGCGCACCAUUUUCGUGGGCAGCCUCAAAUACUCUGCCAACGAGGAGAAGCUGCGCGAGAUCUUCUCCAGCUGCGGCGAGAUUGACUACAUUCGCUGCCUUCAGGAGGGCGACAAGGGUUGCAAGGGCGUGGCCUACGUCUGCUUCCAGAAACCAGAUGCCGUGGGCCUUGCUCUGGAGCUAAAUCAGACCCUUCUGGACGACAGGCCCAUCAACGUGGAGCGCUAUCAGGUCAAGAAACUAGGUGCCAAACAAGUGCGCGACGCUGCCGCCGCCUCCGCUGCAUCCAGCACACCCUCAAAGACCAAAGCAAAAAAACAAAACUCGGCGGGUGCUAAGAAGCGACUGGACAAAAAGAAGGGCAAGGAGAACGGUACGGCGGCAAAGGAAACCAAGGGAGCAGCAACUGGGGGUCAGAAGAAGAAGUCCGAGUACCGAGGCGUGAAAGUCGACGGGAUCAAGAAGGCCAAGAAACCCAAAAAGAAGACGAACGACCAACAGACGGCGCUGGCCAAAAAAAUAGCACCGAAACAGAAGAGUUAAUAUCUAGCUUAGGUGUAAGGUUACAAGUAAGUUGCAAUCCAAUCGCAGAAAAUCCAUUCGAUUUUGUGUUACGAAGUUGACCACCGGAUCAGUUCCUGCAAAGGAUAUCCUAUGAUUAUGUUGACAAUGUAAUCGUUGAAAGAUUACUCAAUACAAAUAAAUUGCGGAUUUUUUAAAAUUGUUUUUAAA